CAAAACCCCUCUCUCAUACACAUCGAACAUCAUUCCACCACAUCAAAGAAAUCAGCAUACUCCUAUACCGUGAGGAGCCGAGAACUAGGCAGCAAGGGGGGAGCUUUUUCCAUAACACCACAACAGGAACGUCAUCGCACGAUGAGUAAUCCCAAGUUAGUAAGCGCCCGUUUGAAAGAGUUAAGCAGACGAGGUUGAUCGAUGUCAAACCCGAGGAGAUGUUGGGACAAAAGACUAAGUAAGUAGGAAGAUAGCUGGUGUAGUAUGUCUUCAUACAUAUUACAUCUGUCUUGAUACUCUUCCGUUGCGCAAAUUUAGAACUUGUUUUUAGCAAAGACAAUUGUCCCAUAACUACUCUGAUUCAGUAUGAUUUGUACCCUCAACACAUUUCAGACAAUGUUUCCUUUGAAUUAAGCAUCUAAUGAUGAGUUGAGAUAGUCAGUAAGAUUUAGUUGUGAUAUAGCUACACUUUCUUAAAUUAGAGAGAUGUGGUCGUGACAACUUAAGAUGAUACAUUUUCCUUUUUAGUUUGUCUAGAAUAAGAUGACACAAUUCUAUUUUUUGAAACUUCAUUUUUCUAAUUAAUACACCCAACCACUUUUUCUGUAUUCAAUUAAUAUUUGUUAAAUUCUCUAAAUUCUAUCUCACAUCGACUUGGUGAAGAUCUCAUCCAAUAUAUCUAAAUGUGGAUAACUCUCCCCUUUAUAAGACCUUUUAAGGGGUAAGUGACUCAUUUCUAAUAAUAUUUAACUCUGUUUCUCUCUCCAUUUAAUGUGUACGCCCACAUUUUCUCUCUCCAAUUAAAUAUAUCAACCAACAAGUCCUAAAAUCUCGUGUCAGACUAAGAAAUGUGUCAUCGUAGUUUCCAAUAAGAUGAAGCCCCAUCCAUGAGUGUCUUUCGUUAAUCUUAUCUAUAAUUGAGUAAUCACUUCAAUCAUGAAACACUAAAAUCUGCAUUUUCCUGGACUUGCAAUUGCCAUGGCUUUCCGUUCAUCUAUCAUCCUUGCACUACUAGUAAUACUCUAUCCACAUUCCACUUGUACGGGCUCAUCCUCUAGGAUCCCCAUGGCCGCCUUCUGUACAACACUAGCAUAGGCGGCCCUGGGGAUCAAGUCAGUCAUGUAUGGUUGAACGUUACCGGAAACUUUGUUAUACAGCGCAGAGAUUCCUCUAUAUUAUGGGAGAGUUUUAGGCACCCGACCGAUACAAUAUUGCCCACUCAGAGUAUCGUGUUUCGCGUAGAAGUGAGGCUAAUUUUUCCAUUGGACGAUUCUACGCCUCCAUCAGCAACGACGGACGUUUCGUCUUCAACACCAUAAGAAUCUGGUGAGUUUGAUUGGUUUCUGCGAGGAGGGGACUCAUCGCUUGCUUGUGUACGAGUACAUGAGCAACGGAACGCUUGCAGACUUUCUUUUCAGGGAUCUGAGAGCAAACUGGAGCCAGAGGACUCAAAUCGCAAUGGGGAUAGCGAAGGGGCUAACAUACUUGCACGAGGAGUGCAGCAACCAGAUCAUACACUGCGAUAUAAAGCCUCACAACAUUCUCCUUGAUGAUUACUACAUUGCUAGGAUAUCGGAUUUCGGGCUGGCUAAGCUUCUGACGAUGAAUCAGAGCAAGACGCUGACCAAUAUCCGAAGCACCAAAGGCUAUGUUGCUCUUGAAUGGUUCAGGAACACGCAGAUAUCGGUCAAAGUUGAUGUUUACAGCUUCGGAGUGGUGCUGCUGGAGAUCAUCUCGUGCAGGAAGAUCGUGGAGGAGGGGCUUGAAUUUGGAGAUGGUGAAAAUCCGAUUCUGACGGACUGGGCGUGGGACUGCUUUGUGGGAGGGAGAUUGGAUGCGUUGGUGAGAAACGAGGAGGACACGUUGAGAGAGAUGGAAAUGGUGGAAAGAUUCGUGAUGGUUGGACUUUGGUGAGUGCAAGAAGAUGCAUCGCUUAGACCAAGCAUGAAGAAAGCAUGUCAAAUGCUGGAAGGAGUAGCCCAAGUUCCCAACCCAGUGAAUCCUUAUCAAUUCACCACAGUUGUUUGACAUAGUUGAAUCUUUAUAUUCUCAUUUUCUGGCUAUUCUAUCUUAUUUUUGGGUCAGAAACUCAACUAGUUCACCACAUACUUAGUUCACCACUCUAACUAUUCAUCUUUGAGUGAUGCAAAAUUUAGAAGUGCAGUUGGGCUUAAAUAGAAAGUGAAAUAUAUGGGAUUUGA